GCAAAAACGAGUCAACAUGGAAAAGAGCUGCCUGAAAUGUAAAUUCUCUUUAUCUUUAGAAAAUUUUAGGAUCAAACGCGACGGUCAACCAACAAAAAUGUGCAUCAAGUGCUUAAACGUAGACAAGACAUCAAAGGAGCGUACAAAAUGCCUGCAUCAAAGGCAGAGAUCCCGUUGCAAGGACUGUGGGGGAGGUGCAAUUUGUGAACAUGAAAGGCAAAGAUCAACGUGUAAAGAAUGCAGGGGAAUUCGGAUUUGCCACUAUGAAAAAAGGAGAUCCCAAUGUAAAGAAUGUAAGGGUGGAAGCAUAUGCCAUCAUCAAAGGUUGAGGUCUCGCUGCAAAGAGUGCGGGGGUGGAAGCAUCUGUGAACAUGAAAAACAGAGGUCCUAUUGCAAAGACUGUAAGGGAAGUCAGUAUUGCCACCAUGAAAGGUUGAGGUCCCAGUGUAAAGAAUGCAGGGUAAGUCAGAUUUGCCACCAUGAAAAAAGAAGAUCCCAAUAUAAAGAAUGUAAGGGUGGAAAUUGCCAUCAUCAAAGGUUGAGGUCUCGCUGCAAAGAGUGAGGGGGUGGAAGCAUCUGUGAACAUAAAAAACAGAGGUCCUAUUGCAAAGCCUGUAAGGGAAUUCAGCAUUGCCACCAUGAAAGGUUGAGGUUCCAGUGUAAAGAAUGCAGGGGAAGUCAGAUUUGCCACCAUGAAAAAAGGAGAUCCCAAUGUAAAAAAUGUAAGGGUGGAAAUUGCCAUCAUCAAAGGGUGAGGUCCUCCUGUAAAGAGUGCAAAGGCAGCCAGAUUUGCCCCCAACAAAGGGUAAGGACCUAUUGCAAAGACUGCAAGGAAAGUCAGUAUUGCCACCAUGAAAAGCAGAGACGAUAUUGCCCCAUUUGCGACCCCCCACCCUCGGCCAUCUAGCUCAUAAUGUAAGCAGCCGAGCCCCCAAGGGUUUACAAAAAAACAAGGAACUCAGCUCCCAGGAGUACCUAGGUUGUGGUAUGGCUACGCUGUGGGCCCAUAUUGAAGCCCAGGUUUCCAGGGUAUGACUUGGGACAAUUGCCGUAGGGGAUGGCAUAUCGAUCACAAAAUCCCGCUCCGUUAUCGUAAAAUGGCGAUGAUCCGACGCUUGUUAAGGUUGGUAGGAGAUUGCACUACACCAACACUCAACCCAUGUGGGCAAGUGAAAACAUGCCAAAGGGCAAUCGUGUCGUCUCAGAAUAAAGAGACAUGGCAACAAUAGCUGUUAUUGUUGCAGGUGUGGCCAUACACGCCCUCGCAUUUUCAGGUACAAAUGUUCUAAUUUCUAAACUCGCAGGGCAUGGCGAGGCGGAGCGCAUGCGUCAUGACCGUGCGAUAGAGCGAUUAAAUGCAGCACAGGCAGAGUGGAUACGGAAGAGGCAAGCCAAACUUGAUUGGUUUAAUGAGCAACGUGAACUGCAAAUAA